UUUUGCUUUUAUUUUGAAAUAAGAAAACGACUUCCCUGUUUCUGCGUUCACCAUAUCUAACAUUACACUGUACUCCAGUCCAUCCAUCCAUUCAUUCAUCCAGAGCGUUUAGGAGAAUUUGAAUUUUGAGAAACAGGUUUGUUUUACUCUAGUGAAGGUGGUGAUUCAGUGGUCAUCAUGGGGGAGUUGUUCAGAAGUGAGGAGAUGACCCUGGCCCAGCUCUUCCUCCAGUCUGAGGCAGCGUACUGCUGCGUCAGUGAGCUGGGGGAACUGGGUAUGGUCCAGUUUAGAGAUCUGAAUCCAGAUGUAAACGUGUUCCAACGCAAGUUUGUUAAUGAAGUGAGAAGGUGUGAGGAGAUGGACAGAAAACUGAGGUUUGUGGAAAAGGAGAUCAAGAAGGCCAGCCUCCCGACCGUGGACACUGGAGAAAAUCCAGAGGUGCCUUUUCCCAGAGACAUGAUCGAUCUGGAGGCCACCUUUGAGAAGCUGGAGAACGAACUGAAGGAGAUCAACACCAACCAGGAAGCCCUGAAGAAGAACUUCCUGGAGCUGACAGAGCUCAAACACAUCCUCCGUCGAACCCAGCAGUUCUUUGAUGAGAUGGAGGAUCCAAACCUGCUGGAAGAGUCAUCAGCACUGAUGGAAGGCAGCGAGGGAGGCCGAGGAGCACCGCUCAGACUGGGAUUUGUGGCCGGGGUGAUCAACAGGGAGAGGAUUCCCACCUUUGAGAGGAUGCUGUGGAGAGUCUGUCGUGGAAAUGUUUUCCUCAGGAAGGCAGAGAUCGAGGACCCUCUGGAGGAUCCCACCACGGGAGACCAGGCCUACAAAUCAGUUUUCAUCAUCUUCUUCCAAGGUGACCAGCUGAAGAACAGAGUGAAGAAGAUCUGUGAGGGAUUCCGUGCCUCCCUGUAUCCGUGUCCAGAGACCCCACAGGAGAGAAAGGAGAUGCUGGCUGGUGUCAACAGUCGCAUUGACGACCUCCAGAUGGUGCUGAACCAAACCGAGGACCACCGCCAGCGUGUGCUGCAGGCUGCCUCCAAAACCAUGCGCGUGUGGUUCAUCAAAGUGAGGAAGAUGAAGGCCAUUUACCACACACUCAACCUCUGUAACAUUGACGUCACACAGAAGUGUCUGAUCGCUGAGGUGUGGUGUCCUGUCUCGGACCUGGACUCCAUUCAGUUUGCUCUGCGUAGAGGGACGGAGAGGAGCGGCUCAACAGUGCCGUCCAUCCUCAACAGGAUGCAAACCAAACAGACUCCGCCCACCUUCAACAAGACCAAUAAGUUCACAUCAGGCUUCCAGAACAUCGUGGAUGCCUAUGGAAUCGGAAACUACAGGGAGAUUAACCCGGCUCCCUACACCAUCAUUACGUUUCCCUUCCUCUUCGCUGUUAUGUUUGGUGACAUGGGUCACGGUGUGCUGAUGACCUGCGCCGCCCUCUACCUGGUCAUCCGAGAGAGUCGCAUCCUGGCCCAGAAGAGUGACAAUGAGAUGUUUAACAUGGUGUUUGCUGGGCGCUACAUCAUCCUCCUGAUGGGAAUCUUCUCCAUCUACACCGGCAUCAUUUACAACGACUGCUUCUCCAAGUCACUGAAUAUGUUUGGCUCUGGAUGGAGCGUCAGGCCCAUGUUUGGCCCCAAAGGAGCAAAUUGGACAUUUGAGACUCUGGAUGGAAACGCAGUUCUCCAGUUGGACCCAGCUGUCCCCGGUGUCUUCAAUGGACCGUAUCCUCUUGGAAUUGACCCGAUUUGGAAUGUUGCCACCAACAAGUUGACUUUCCUGAACUCUUUCAAGAUGAAGAUGUCCGUGGUCUUGGGCGUCAUACACAUGCUGUUUGGAGUCUCCCUCAGUCUGUUCAACCACCUCUACUUCAAGAAGCCAUUGAACAUCUUCCUGGGCUUCAUCCCAGAGAUCGUCUUCAUGUCCACCCUCUUUGGCUACCUGGUCCUGUUGGUCUUCUACAAGUGGACGGCCUACGAUGCUACCACGUCCAAGGACGCUCCCAGCCUGCUCAUCCAUUUCAUCAACAUGUGUCUCUUCAACUACAACGACCCCACCAACAAACCCCUUUACGCGGGACAGAUGGGGAUCCAGAUUUUGUUGGUGCUGAUUGCCCUUGCAUGUGUUCCCUGUAUGCUGGUUGUGAAAACUAUGGUGCUUCGGCGUCAGCAUUUGUGGAAAAGGCACCUGUCCCAGAAGAGGGAAGAAACCCCUGCAGAGAAUCUAGAGCAGUCUUUAGAGCAAACAGGCGUGUCCUCAUCAUGCACCGGACUCACUCAACAGGGCACACAGAAGUUCGGAGGAGUCCGGGUGGGCAAUGGGCCCACGGAGGACGAGGCUGGCAUCAUGGACCAUGACCAUCUCUCCCAGCACUCGGAGGAGGGGGAUGAGCACUCAGAGGAGGAGCCGUUUGAUUUUGGAGAUGUGGCUGUUCACCAGGCCAUCCACACCAUAGAGUACUGUCUGGGUUGCAUCUCCAACACUGCCUCCUACCUGCGACUCUGGGCCCUGAGCCUGGCCCAUGCACAGCUGUCAGAGGUCCUGUGGUCCAUGGUCAUGCACUUGGGCCUGUCGUCUCGCAGCGGUGGCGGGUUCUUCGGCCUCUCAAUCAUCUUUGCUGCCUUUGCCAUCCUCACUGUCGCCAUCCUGCUGGUCAUGGAGGGGCUGUCGGCCUUCCUGCACGCCCUCCGUCUGCACUGGGUGGAGUUUCAGAACAAGUUCUACUCUGGCCAGGGCUUUAAGUUCGUUCCCUUCUCCUUCGAGAGUAUCCUGGAGGGUCGGUUCGACGAAUGAGUGGACUUCAACUCCCACCCCCCACAACACGAACCACCCGUGUCUCCAAAGGGGCCUUUGGUCAUGUGUGUUUGACCGUCUGCGUGUUUGGGCCCCAUGUGCAGUUAUCUGUCUCCCUCUAGCGUGUAUUGUAUAGCUUUACGUCAUCCCAUCACUGCAAACGGUCUCCCUCACGAUUAAAGCGUUCACUAUAGGAGAAAAUUCUAUCACCAACACACUGUUUAAAAAUCUUUAAAAAAUUAUUAUAAUUUGUGGAUCACAACAAGUAUUAUUAUUUGAAUUAAUACCUUAACAUAAGAACUGAAGAAGGGUAACACAAGACUGAUUUAUUGUGGUUUCAUGCAGUGCAAAUGGCAUAAAAUAGAGUUCUGAGACCAUGACACCACAUGGUGCAAUAUAAUUGGUCUGCAGUAUUAUAGUAUUGUGAUUCCUCUAGUGUUUGAUCAGUGUAUACAAAAAACAAACCCCAGAACUCUUCAUAAAAUAGUAUUGUGCUGUGUCCAGUGGCUUUCUUGUGUUCAUUCUCCUUGUUUACCAAUACAAAACCAUUUAUGAGGAAAAGCACCAAAAAGCAUGAAAUUUGAUGUAGGUCAGUGAAUGGUGGAAAAUAAAGUGAGUGGUGAUGUGUUGUGGUCUGUAAUAAAGACUCAUAUCAA